AUGGCGAGCCUCUCCGCCCACUUCACGCCCUGCUUCGCAGCGUGCUACAGCGACCCCGACUGUGCCACAGAGCACUUCAUGCUGCAGGCCGUGGGCCUUGUCCUGCAUGAGAUGUACAAGCCCAGCCUUGAGCGGACGCAGGGUUCAUGCGUGCUCCCUGCCCUCCCAUCCACAGCGCCGCCAUCUGACUGCCCGCAUUUUCUCCUCAGUGUCACGGAGUGCCACGGGGACCGGGAUCGGAGCUUUAUGCACAUGGGCAUCGCCGCGCGCAUGGCCGGCCUUCUCCGAUUGCACCGAGAGGAGACCUACCGCCUCCUGCCAGAUGCCUCUGCAGAAGAUGUCAUCGCCUCUGAAGUUGCUAGGCGCACAUUCUGGAUGAUAGCCAGCCAGGACAACCUCCAAUCCGCAAUGAACACCCCUGCCCCAUUCUUGCUGCGCAACAUCAGCGCCCUCCUCCCGUGCGACGAGCAGGACUUCGCGCUCGGCAGCGCCCUGCAUGCGCGCGAGCCCUCGCGGAGCAACAACUCCACGCUCAUAGGCACGCCCUCACGCUCGCUCUUCGCGGUGCUCAUACAGGCACACAACCUCCGGGGCCAGGUCACGCACCAUGCGUGCUAG